UAUAAGCAGCCAGCAGCCCAGCCGCUAGCUUCGUCGCUUAAAACUGGGUUUCUUGUUCUCCAUUCAAUUCCGGCAAUGGAGAGACACUCCGCGCUGACAAAGAUCGGCUUUUGCGUCCUGCUGGCGAACUCGGCGCUCGCCAUCUACAGCUCGCGCGGCCACGCGGGCUCCGUCGCGUUCGUGCUCGCCGCCGACGCCGCGCUCGCGCUGCUCUUCGUCGCGCUCGCCAAGUACGAGCGCGCCGCGGAGGAGGGGGACGCGGCGGCCGGGGGCAAGAUCAAGGGAGCCGUCUGGGCGCUGUCGACGCUGCUCACGGCGAUGUUCGCUUCGAGAGUUGCUCCGCUAAUGCCGCCGUUCGCCGCCGCGGCGGUGUGGCUCAUGUCGGCGGCGACGGCCAUCGCCGGAUUCUGGGCGUUCUUUCUUAGUAAUCCGUGAUGUCAGUUCGUUCUCUGCUCAUCUAGAUACCAUAUCGAUUUAAGGUCAGUUUGGUGCCUUUUUUCUCUUUGUCCUCUUUUUACGUUGUCAAAAGAACAAAGAAGUUUGGUGGUCUACCACUACCAGCGUGUUCGUGAGUGCCUAUCGAUGCGUGCCGGAUAAUUGGCGUGAAUCAAGGUAGCUCUGUUCUAAUCGUUGUUAUUCUUGUGACAAAAGUUUCAAACUUGGCGCCACUGAUUGGUGGUCAUCUAAGUUGGCCAUUUGUGAUGACUUGCACCUUACUCUCUUCGCUUCAUUUUGAUAUAUCAUAUAAGAGGGAAAAAAAUCUCAU